AUGAAUUCGUUCUUCAAGAAGAAGCCUCAAAGGAAGUGGACUUGGCGAAGCCCCGACGCUGUGACUAAAAAUGAGAUCGAUUUCAUCCUGACGGACAAGAGACACAUAUUCAGAGAUGUCUCAGUGAUCAACAGGUUUAGCACCGGAUCUGAUCACCGACUUGUACGAGGCUCUCUGAAUAUCGAUGUCAAACUUGAAAGAAGCCGCUUGAUGAAGUCCACGCUCCGUCCUAAUCCACUCCAGAUCAUGGCGGGCUCCGAGAAGUUCCAUGAACUUCUCGAAGCGAGAUUCGUCGAGCUGAAACCCACCGAGGACGUUGACGAGGCCCUACAAAGCGUGGUUGGGACGCUGAGAAGCGAGGGCAUCAAAUUCUGUCAAUUGCAGCGUACGGGAAAGAAGUCUAAACUCUCGGAUGAGACUCUGCGACUUAUGACGAAAAGACGCGAUGACAUCCAGGCCACUUCGUCAGAGAGGUCAUACCUAAACAAGCAGAUUGCGAAGAUGGUACGGCGUGACCUUCGGAGUUCCAAUACACGCCUCAUUGAGGAGGCGAUAGAGCGAAACCGAGGGUCCAAAGUAUUCACUCAGCAGCUUGGAAGGAGCCACCUGACGAAGCUUACAACGCACGAUGGCCUAACCGUUACGUCAAAGCCGCAGAUACUCGCCGAGAUAGAGGACUUCUAUGGCCGUUUGUACGCUGUAAAUGCUCCUCGGGUCCAGCGUGACAAUCACGAUUUGAGAGCCACCUUGACGCGCCACUAUACCGACGACCUGCCAGAAAUCAGUCAAGACGAGAUCGUCCGAAAGACGUCCACUCCUGAACAUAGGCCUCCCUCAAAGAACGCCACAACGACCGAUCCCAUGCUGCUCGCAUCCAGCGGAUUCCCGCUACCUUCACCCGAGUAUCGGUCCACCUUGGAGGUGGUCUGCCAACGCUGCGUCUACCAGUACGCGGUUGCCGCAGAACUCUUCGACCCCAUCGGCCAUCCGUUCUAA